AUGGCGCCCGCACGCAUGGCGUUAAAGCGGCACUUCUCUCGCGUCGGCUCCGCCGAGCGCUGCACAGAGACCAUCUUCACUGACCACCAACGACAGGUGUGCGACUACGCGCUCGUCUACGCGGAGAAGAAGAACGACGGCGAAGCGCCGUACUCGGUCUCCUUCACCGCCACGCAGAACGGCGACGUCAUCGUCCAGCUGCACCCGCACUCGCAGCUCGAGCGCGCUCGGGCUUCCUCCGCCGACUCGUCCGGCUACGACACCGAUUUACCGGACGAGGUGCAGCAAGAGGCUGUACGCAAGGUCUGCGGCGCGCUCGGCAUGAGGGAGCAGUUCGAGGCGGCGAUGGCGGCGGGCGAGCUGCUCGAGAUGCUCGAGAGCUUGCCGCGAGGGGCGGUCGAGGCCUCCGUUCGGCUGAUGCGCGGUUACAACCGCACGGGCGAGUGGCCAGAGCCCAUUCUCACCAGCCCUGCCCCGCAGCGCGGCCGCUCGCCAAGCCCCGUCGAUGAGUGGUCAGAUGGUUAG